UAAUAUAUGUCUAUAUUCUCCACGCAAUCACUUUUGGCACUCAUUUGACACGUCUUUUUCAAACACGGCUUCAGUUGAAAGUGUCUUCAAUUAACCAUUAAAUCACUCAUCAAAUCACAUCUUAAUAGUCUUUUGAGGACAUCUGUUGUGUGACAUCUUGUUUGGUGAUAUUAUUGUCUUUAUGUCCAGCGAUGGCUUCAAGCAAUUCGACAGCUUCUUUCACGGCAGUCAACGACGAGUUUUCGCAUUUGGAUUUAAGCGGCAAAUUGAUUAUUAAAGUCAAGUUCGGCGAAGAGAUCCGUCGCAUACCAAUUCAUAAUGAAGAGAUCACUUACGAUGAACUCAUACUUAUGAUGCAACGUCUAUUCAGAGGUAAACUCGAGGCCACCGAUGAUGUCGUUGUUAAAUAUAAGGACGACGACAACGAUUUGAUUACAAUUGCCGACAGCAGUGACUUAUUGUUUGCCAUUCAAUGCUCACGUAUAUUGAAGUUGACUCUCUUUGUUAACGGACAGCCCAUGCCUUUAAUGACAGAUGAAGUCAAACUGAUCCGCAAAGAAUUACAACAUUUUCGCAAUCGUUGUAAUUUUCUUUUAGAUCGUUUGGAAACACCGGCCAGAAGUCUUAUCUCUAGCGAUGAGAACACUACCGCUGCCGGCGAUGAAAGAAAUGCUGAACAGACAAACAAACCGCAAAUUUCUCAACAACCACCCAAAGAGUUUGAUCCAUUAAAGGCUUUUAAAACAAGUGAAGGAUUCCAAAAUGGACCGAUAAGUGAGGAGAAGCGCUCCGUUACACCCGAUAGUGUGUCGAGUCUUUCCUCUCAGAAUAGACAACAAAAUUUGAAUACCGGUAAUAUCUCCGCUCCCGAACUAAAGCCUUUGGGAAACGAAUCGCAAACACAGUUCCCACAAAACAUGAAUCAAUUGCCACAACAACAACAACAACAGCGUUUUGAAAUACAAGCUCAACCAUAUCCCGGACAAUUCCCACCACCUAAUCGUCAAAAUCCCGCGCAGAUUCCACUACCAACAGCACCGACUUCUGUCUCUAAUGCCGUAUCAGUUUCUGGAACCGGUUACCAUGGACACAAUCCUCAAUCUUUUGGUUCAAAUCAACCACAACUCAACCAACCAUUUGGUGCACCACCUCAAUCUCUUGUAAAGCCACCAUUUGGUGCACCACCAACAAUGGGACAAUUAGGAGGCGGACAACCGUCAGGCCCACCGCCUAAUUUAUACGGAAGUGGAGUACCGCCUACAUCUAUGCCAUCUGGACCUCAUAGUUUUGGGGCACCUCCGACAAUGCCCUCUGGACCACCACCUACAAAUUUUGGAGCUCCGCCGACCAAUUAUAGUCACCCGAGUCCUGUUCAAGGUUACCCUGGGGGACAACCACCACAAUUACAAGGACCUGGUGGACAACAGCCACAAUUACAAGGACCUGGUGGACAACAGCCACAAUUACAAGGACCUGGUGGACAACAACAAAUGCCAUCACCACAACUUCAGCAAUCUUUACCUCCAGGUUCAUAUCCAGGAAUGGGAGGACCACCGCCUCCGCCACAAAUGGGUGGUAUGCCCGGAAUGAAUCCUUACUCUCGUGGUAUCGGUGCUAAUAGACCUCGAUAUCCACCGAAUGCAGGGUUUCCACCGAUUUCCCAAUAAUAUGAACAAAUAAUUGUAGUACCAUUGAUGGACAAUGGAUUUAUUGAUGAUUAUUAGUAAUAAAUUGUAUUUUAAAUAUAUUUUCACUCUACCACUUAUAAC